ACACCCCCGUGUUUAUGUCAGCCCACGGGGGUUGCCUGUCCCUUUAAUUGGCAUGUACCAAGUCCUUCCAGGUCACAUUUCCUCCCUGCAUCCCAGUUGUUUGGAAUCAUUGGCCAAAAGUCCAAGAGGAAGGAACGUGGAGGUAGUGUUGUAUUUUUGCGGGGAGCUCUGGGCCGACCGGGAGCGAGAAAGCGCUCGGGGGCCAAGCGCGCCAUUGCGGUCCUCCCCGCCACGUGCCGUAGUCCAGUCCCAAGAUGGCGGCCACCAUGAAGAAGGCGGCUGCAGAAGAUGUCAAUGUUACUUUCGAAGAUCAACAAAAGAUAAACAAAUUUGCACGGAAUACAAGUAGAAUCACAGAGCUGAAGGAAGAAAUAGAAGUAAAAAAGAAACAACUCCAAAACCUAGAAGAUGCUUGUGAUGACAUCAUGCUUGCAGAUGAUGACUGCUUAAUGAUACCUUAUCAAAUUGGUGAUGUUUUCAUUAGCCAUUCUCAAGAAGAAACACAAGAAAUGUUAGAAGAAGCAAAGAAAAAUUUGCAAGAAGAAAUUGACGCCUUAGAAUCCAGAGUGGAAUCAAUUCAGCGGGUGUUAGCAGAUUUGAAAGUUCAGUUGUAUGCAAAAUUUGGGAGCAACAUAAACCUUGAAGCUGAUGAAAGUUAAACAUUUUAUAAUACUUUUUUUAUUUGUUUAAUAAACUUGAAUAUUGUUUAAAAUGAUAAUUUUCCUUCUUCAAAUGACAUGGAAAGCAAAACUUUCUUUUUUUAAAAUUUUCAUUUAUUUAAUGGAAACUUGCCUAUUUUCACAUGUCUUGCUUAUUUAUUUUAUAUUUUUAAAAGAAGACAGUAUUCACCUAUGUAUUUUGCAUAACAAUUAUAUCAAGUCUAGGGGCUUUAUGUCAUGUUAUUAAAAUCAGUUAAGCAAUCUUUUAUGUUUCUAUAUUAUUUAGAAUAUUUGUUGUCGCAAUUUUCACAUAAGAAAAUUUUAACAGUUGUGUCAUGUUGUUUCUAUGUGUGAUUUUAAUUGCUGUCUAAUGACCGGGAAAGCAUAACUAAAAGAUGUACAAUCCUGCAUCCUUCCCUAUUUCACAACUAAAGCUUUGUCAGAGGCUUCAAAAUAUAUAUGUAUAUAUUUUAUUUAAGUAUAUGUUACAUAUUAUAUUUAAACAUACGUAUUUUUUACAUAUCUAUCAAUAUCAGAGAUUUGGGUAAAAGAACGGGCAAUGUUAAAACAUGUGGCUGUAUAUGGAGCUUUAUAGAAACAGUGCAGAACCACAGAAGAACGUUUUAGAAGCCAAGAGAUGUGCAGAAAGAAAUGUUUAGUGUGUUUUUGUUUUCAAUUUUAGAUUUUAUUGUAGUGCUUUGUAAUUAAUUGGGGUUUAUAUUGAUAAAGAUGUGAAAGUUAAAUGGC